AUGGCACCUCCACCCUCACUGGGGGAAGACCGAGAAUUUCUUGAUGGUGACUGCUGGGAUGCGGUUGUUGAAGGAAGCCGCUUCUCCGUCGCAUCAAUUCCCAAGACCUCGGCACGGUACCGCCACAAGAUGGAGAAGCUCCACACGACGAUGCUGGGGAGACUUGAUGUUCUGAUUUAUAGGAUUUCAUCCUCCAUGAAGGUUCGAAUCUGCGAUGGCGUUCUGGUACUGGAUAUGCUGCGAUGUUUUAGUUCUGGGGCUGGUCAGCAUGGUGUUGCUACCGCUACUGUUUGCGCUCGCUUUGGAUUACAGUGCAUAAUCUAUAUGGGUGCUCAGGACAUGGAGAGGCAAGAACUCAAUGUCUUCAGAAUGCAACUCCUUGGAGCUGAGGUAAGACCUGUUCAUUCUGGGACUGCAACACUGAAGGAUGCUACAUCUGAAGCUAUACGAGACUGGGUAACCAAUGUGGAAUCGACUCAUUACAUCCUGGGAUCUGUUGCAGGGCCCCAUCCAUAUCCUAUGAUGGUAAGGGAGUUCCACUCGGUGAUUGGUAAAGAAACAAGGAAACAAGCACUGGAAAAAUGGGGUGGCAAACCUGACGUGCUUGUUGCAUGUGUUGGUGGCGGUUCGAACGCUAUAGGGCUCUUUCAUGAAUUUAUCGAUGACAAAAAUGUUAGGCUUAUUGGUGUGGAGGCUGCUGGUUUUGGUCUAGACAGCGGUAAGCAUGCCGCCACGUUGUCUAAAGGAGAAGUUGGCGUCUUGCAUGGAGCUAUGAGCUACUUGUUACAGGAUGAUGAUGGGCAAAUAAUCGAGCCACAUUCUAUUAGUGCUGGCCUGGAUUAUCCUGGAGUUGGACCAGAGCACAGCUUUCUGAAAGAUAUUGGACGAGCCGAGUAUUAUAGCAUCACCGAUGAGGAGGCUUUAGAAGCUUUUAAGAGAUUAUCUAGGCUCGAGGGCAUCAUCCCUGCACUUGAGACAUCUCAUGCGCUAGCUUACCUAGAGAAGUUGUGCCCGAUGCUUCCAGAUGGAACUAAAGUUGUCCUAAACUGCAGUGGAAGAGGAGAUAAGGAUGUUCAGACAGCCAUUAAACAGUUAAAGCUUUAA